GGCGCCCUGCUCGGCGCCUAUCUGGAGCGCCACGAUCCGCCCGCGGCCUCAGAGCUGCUGCCGGUGCCGGGCGGGGCCUUGGCGGGCGGCCCCGGGAGCGGCGGCGGCGGCGUGGUGGUCGGCGUGGCCGAGGUGAGAAGCUGGCGCUGCUGCUGCCUCGGCAGCACCUGUUGGUGCCGGAGCCUCGUGCUGGUCUGCGUGCUGGCCGCCCUGUGCUUCGCUUCCCUGGCCCUGGUCCGCCGCUACCUGCAGCACCUCCUGCUCUGGGUGGAGAGCCUCGACUCGCUGCUGGGGGUCCUGCUGUUCGUCGUGGGCUUCAUCGUGGUCUCGUUCCCCUGCGGCUGGGGCUACAUCGUGCUCAACGUGGCCGCCGGCUACCUGUACGGCUUCGUGCUGGGCAUGGGUCUGAUGGUGGUGGGAGUCCUCAUCGGCACUUUCAUCGCCCAUGUGGUCUGCAAGCGGCUGCUCACCGCCUGGGUGGCCGCCAAGAUCCAGAGCAGCGAGAAGCUGAGCGCCGUUAUUCGCGUCGUGGAGGGAGGAAGCGGCCUGAAAGUGGUGGCACUGGCCAGACUGACCCCCAUACCUUUUGGGCUUCAGAAUGCAGUGUUUUCGAUUACUGAUCUCUCAUUACCCAACUAUCUGAUGGCAUCUUCGGUUGGACUUCUUCCUACCCAGCUUCUGAACUCUUACUUAGGUACCACCCUGCGGACAAUGGAAGAUGUCAUUGCAGAACAGAGUGUUAGUGGAUAUUUUGUUUUUUGUUUACAGAUUAUUAUAAGUAUAGGUCUCAUGUUUUAUGUAGUUCAUCGAGCUCAAGUGGAAUUGAAUGCAGCAAUUGUAGCUUGCGAAAUGGAACUGAAAACUUCUCUGGUUAAAGGCAUUCAACCAAAUACCAGUGGCUCUUCAUUCUACAAGAGGACCCUAACAUUUUCUGGAGGUGGAAUUAAUAUUGUAUGAUUCUAAUGAAACGUAUGGUUGUCAAGAGCCUAGUGUGCUGUCCGAGGUCUAGCAGUCACUUUACUAGUGGACAGAAACAAGUUCUAAUUGUAUUACGGCACAAACAAAACUGACUAGUUUUUAAAUUGCACAAUUUUGUAAAAGCAAGAAUCAUUUUCUGGAUAUGUAAGUGUAAACAUAGAUGCAAUUUUGGCUGCACCUCUUUAUCAUGCCUGUAUUGGCCUAUGGGUCUGCACUUUAGUGUUUUUUAAUUGUUUAUUUCUGGGUACUUAUGAACAGAGAAAUAACCCAAAUAUUUCUUUCCACUUAGUGUCUUUAUUUAUAAAGUCCGUUAAUAGUUUUAUGCAUCUUUCCUACUUGUAAAGAUGAGUAGUAUUAUGCAGUUUUAAAUGUACAAUGUUAUUGUAUGUUCUUUGCUUUGGUAGUAUUUCCAGAAAGGAUAAACAGUGUGUUUUAUUUUGUUUUAUUGUUUUAAGUGGGACCACUUCGCUUCCCUUUUCCUUACCUGUUAGAAAACAGACAUUAACUUUUAGUUGAAUGUAGUUUGCAAGCAUCACCUUGUUGCAAGGCCAUUCACACCUAUUCACACAAGCUUAAAUCCUACAUCGUGGGACUGAAGUGCUCUUAAGAUACCUUUUUAUUUUCACUGUGUAAUAUGCAAAGCAAAAGGGAAAUUAUUUAGUGGGUGUUGGCUCAAAAUUAGAACUUGUGUUCUAAUUGAUUAUAUUGGCUUUAUCCUCCUUAGAUCUUUCAUCAAAGGGCUGUCCCAUUGCAACCUUACUAAAACAUUUUAUUAAAAUAACCUUUUUUCCUUUUUAUAUUAAUAAUUAGGCUUUGAAAUAAAGAUAUUAUUCCUUUAAAAUGGUGGGCUUACCAUCAUUGAAGAUGUCACUCAGGUGGCCUUGUUUGAUCAAAACGCCUUUUUAAAAAGCCAAGCUUUAAAAUCAUGUUUAUAAUUCCAUUAAAGUACAUGCAUAUUUGUUCCCAUAGUCUUCAGCUUUAAAAGUAUGAAUAUGAUAUUAACUUAAUGCCCAAGUUUGUAUUAUUUGCCCUACUAUAGGUAGGUUUAUUUCAUUUAUUUUUUUAGUACUUGUUUUUCUCUGAUAAGACUCAGGAAUUCUGAAAUGUGAAAUUAAGUGUCUCAGUUCUUUCUCUGUAACAUGAAUCAAGUGUAUUAAUAGCACUCGUGACUACAGAAUACAAUAAUUUGGCAUAUUAUUCAUAUAACAUGUAUUAUUCAUUUAUCAUCUUUAUUUUUAAAACAGUUUAAUUGUGAAAUGAGUUUUUUUUUUUUUACAAGGGUAGCUAUCUCUCU